AUGGGUGAUACUAACUGUGAGUCUGAUGAAAAUGUUGAGGAACAGACAGAUAUAAGCAGCACCAUUGAGAUAGCUAGACCAUUUUCACCUUCUCCCACUCUACCAACUUUCACAGGAGAGGAGAAUCCGAAGAAUAUGAGUGCCAUAACCCUCAGAUCAGGGAAGCAGACUGUUGUGCCUUCAGAGCCAACUCCUACACCUACACCCAAACCUGCUACUUGUCACAAGAAUGAGGACCAGUCUGGCCCACGCAGGACAUUUGAGAUACCGAAGUAUGUCAAAUUCUUGAAGGAUCUGUGCACAAACAAGAGGAAGAUGAAAGGUAAUGAAAGGAUCAGCAUGGGCAGGAAUGUAUCUGUGCUUAUUGGUAAGCCGGUCCCGCACAUCCCUGAAAAGUGCAAGGACCCAGGUGCUUUUAUUAAUGUCAUGCCUUUGUCUAUCUAUAAAUAUUUAUCUCUUGGUCCUUUAAAACCUACGGGUGUGUUCGUUCAGUUGGCCAGUAGGAGUGUUACCCACACAACAGGUUACAUAGAGGAUGUCUUGGUUAGGGUUGGUGAAUUGAGUUUUUCUGCUGACUUUUAUGUUUUGGAGAUGGAGGAGGGAUUCUCUCCUGGAUCCGCUCCCAUUAUCCUAGGCAGGCCAUUCUUGAAAACUGCCCGAACCAAGAUUGAUGUGUAUGCUGGAACUUUGUCUAUGGAAUUUGCUAAUAUUGUUGUUCACUUUAAUAUUCUUGAUGCAAUGAAAUUUCCAGCUAAGGACCAUUUUGUUUUUAGGAUUGACAUGUUGGAUGACAUUAUUGAUAAAAAUGUUGUUGGAUUUGAGAAUGAUGUGGAUAUUGUUGUGGAUUUUGAUGAGGAUUGUGAUGUCCAGGAUAUUGAUGCUAUGCGUGAUAUUGAUGAUGUUGUUGACAUAUCUGUGAUGGACAUGGAUUUGGAUUGUGAUGAGAUGGGUGUUCUGCCUUUACCUGUGAAUUCUUUAGAGUCGGAAUACAUUAACCAUGUUGUAGGAAGUACAAAUGAAUCUUACUUGCAGGCACCCACUCUUGAGUUGAAACCAUUGCCAGAUAACCUCAAGUAUGUGUACUUAGAGGAUGAUGAGAAGAAACCGGUGAUCAUUUCCACCUCCCUUGAUUCUGUUCAAUAG